AUGACGUUUCUGAGGCUACCAUUGAUCUUGGCAGCUGUCAUGAUGCUGCGGGGGGUGGAUGGUAGCUGUGUCGAAGACAACUGCUAUGGAGCCUUAUAUUGGAAUCCCGCCGGCGCUGAAGAGUGCUCUGAUCAUUUCGUCACGACUGUCGUCCCGGUGCCGACGACGACGACGGUGACCAUCACAUCCGACGUAUCAGAACUGACCAUCAUCACCGGCGCCCCUAUCGUCACGGGCGUGAUCAUCCCCUCCCAGGCCAUCCCGACCUAUAUCGUGAGGGCCUGUUAUGGAGACAUUUCAUAUCGGUUCCAGAGCGCCUGCUCGUGCAUCGAGGCCGGGCCAACCACCACCAUGAUCGCACAGCCAACAAUAACGGACACGGUGGUGUUUCCCAUCACAGGCGGUGUUUUCCCACCAGGCCCGCCGGUCUCGCCGGUCGUUCCACCAGAGCCCCUGCCAACACUACCAGCCUCCGGGACGCUCUCAUUAUCCUCGGGUGGCCUGGUGGAGCCAACAUGUGUCCCCAUCCCGGGCCCGGUGAUCGUGACCGUCCAGGUCGACACGCUCUACAUGACGCUCACCAUGGCCGGGUCCACCCUCUGCAUAGGCAACACGACGACGCCGGCGGCCCCGUCCUCGGCGGGGUGCAGCUGUCCCGCGUCGGCGCCGGUCUUCUCCUCCUCCAGCCUCACGACGCUCGCAAACUCGACCAGCUUCAGGAGCUCGUCGUUCUCGACCGUGCUCCGGACCUCGUUCUCUGGGUACACCAACACGUCGUCCGCGGCUGCCACGUCGGGGCCCUCGGCGUCGGAGGGCGAGCCUACCAGUGCGCCGGCCGAGUCCACAGAAGCCUCGAGCACCGAAUCCUCGGCCCCGUCCACCACCCUCUCGACCUCGGCCGUCCCGGCCGGCCCGACGCACUUCAUCCCCCACGGGCCCGUGGUGCUCCUCCAGAUCGCCUCGGGCGCCCUGGCGGGGCAGUACAUCGCGUCGGACCCGCCGACGGACGACCGCCCCACGAACCUGCGCUCGCACACGACGCCGGACAUCGACGCCGCGUCGGUGUGGACGCUCGACGCGCCGACGGGGAUCCUGUUCCAGCAGGUCGGGGGCUCGGGCCCCGGCGACUGGUGGGGCGCGUGGUUCGGGUUCGGCUCGCGCUCGCAGUGGGGCGCCAUCCAGCUGCUGCCCGCCGACACGAUCGUCUCGUGGCUCGUGGCGCCCGUCUCGGCCAAGGCGCCGCUGCGGUGUGUCAUCGACUACACGGCCAGCGGCGUCAUCACGUGCGGCCAGCAGCUGUGGACCAAGCUUAUGGCGUCGGAUAAGUGCGGCUGGGCCAUCACCACGCCCUUCAACCCGACCUAUGCGGCGGCUUGUCCUGGGAGCGAGGAGUUGUUCAUCCAGGCUAUCCAGGUUAGUCCUGAUGAUGAGGGGAUUAAUUAG